AGUUUGAAUCGCGGUGCGACGAAGGAGUAGGUGGUGGGAUCUCACCGUGGGUCCGAUUAGCCUUUUCUCUGCCUUGCUUGCUUGAGCUUCAGCAGAAUUCGAAAUGGCUGGCGGUAAGGCUGGAAAGGACUCCGGAAAGGCCAAGACAAAGGCGGUUUCCCGCUCGCAGAGAGCCGGCUUGCAGUUCCCAGUGGGCCGUAUUCAUCGACACCUGAAAUCUAGGACGACCAGUCAUGGACGUGUGGGCGCGACUGCCGCUGUGUACAGCGCAGCCAUCCUGGAGUACCUCACCGCAGAGGUACUUGAACUGGCAGGAAAUGCAUCAAAAGACUUAAAGGUAAAGCGUAUUACCCCUCGUCACUUGCAACUUGCUAUUCGUGGAGAUGAAGAAUUGGAUUCGCUCAUCAAGGCUACAAUUGCUGGUGGUGGUGUCAUUCCACACAUCCACAAAUCUCUGAUUGGGAAGAAAGGACAACAGAAGACUGUCUAAAGGAUGCCUGGAUUCCUUGUUAUCUCAGGACUCUAAAUACUCUAACAGCUGUCCAGUGUUGGUGAUUCCAGUGGACUGUAUCUCUGUGAAAAACACAAUUUUGCCUUUUUGUAAUUCUAUUUGAGCAAGUUGGAAGUUUAAUUAGCUUUCCAACCAACCAAAUUUCUGCAUUCGAGUCUUAACCAUAUUUAAGUGUUACUGUGGCUUCAAAGAAGCUAUUGAUUCUGAAGUAGUGGGUUUUGAUUGAGUUGACUGUUUUUAAAAAACUGUUUGGAUUUUAAUUGUGAUGCAGAAGUUAUAGUAACAAACAUUUGGUUUUGUACAGACAUUAUUUCCACUCUGGUGGAUAAGCUCAAUAAAGGUCAUAUCCCAAAAAAAAAAAAAAAAA